GUGGUGGCGGCUGGAGGUGCAGCCUCCCAGGUGGGAGGCGGGGGCUGCCGGCGCAGGACCGCGCGUCUUGGGAGCGGGCGCUCGGCGGGGCCUCCUCGGCCCGGGCGCGGCGCGGCGAGGCGAGUGGGAGCGAGCGCGCCGGGAGCACGCAGGCGCCCUGCUCCGGCUGGCCCUCGGCCGGCGCGCGGCGCGGGAGCCAUCCGCAGCCCGGCCCCCGCGCUCCCCGCAGCCCCCCGGCGGCCGGCCGUCGGGAGCGGCCCCCAGCAGGGAGCGCAGGCCGCCGGCCCGGGAGAGCGCGCGGCGGCGGCGGCGGGACGGCCCCGGGGCCGCCCCGAGUGCGCCCUCCCGCCUGCGGCCACUCGCAGCCGGCGCGCCCCGCAGGCAGCCGGAGCGCGGCCUCGGCCUCAGCGGGAGCGAGCCCCGGGCCGCAGCCCGCGGGAGGCGGCGCGGGCGGCCGAGGGCACUGACGGCGUCGCGGGGCGCUCCCCGGCGGCGGCGCAGCGGCGGCGGCGCAGGAGGCGGAGGCAGGGGGCGCCCCCCGCCAGGAUGCUGCGGUUCCUGCGCCGGACCUUUGGCCGCCGCUCCAUGCAGCGCUACGCGCGGGGCGCGGCAGGGCGCGGGGCCGCCGGGCUGGGGGACGAGCGCGACGGGGGGCCACGGGGGGGCCCGGCCGCCGCCGCCGCCUCUUCGACGCUGCCCGUCGCGCCCGGGGGCAGCGUGUUCCCGGCCGGCGGCGGGCCCCUGCUCACGGGCGGCGCGGCCGUGCACAUCUCUGCCGCCGGCGCCGCCAAGGCCACCCUCUACUGCCGCGUCUUCCUGCUGGACGGGACCGAAGUGAGCGUGGACCUGCCGAAACAUGCCAAAGGCCAGGAUUUGUUUGAUCAGAUCGUGUACCACUUGGACCUCGUGGAAACAGAUUACUUUGGCCUCCAGUUCCUCGACUCUGCCCAGGUUGCGCACUGGCUGGACCAUUCUAAACCCAUAAAAAAGCAGAUGAAAAGUUUAGUUGGACCUGCUUAUGCUUUGCACUUUCGAGUUAAAUAUUAUUCUUCAGAACCGAACAACCUUCGCGAAGAGUUUACAAGGUACCUGUUUGUUUUACAACUCAGGCAUGACAUUCUUUCAGGAAAAUUGAAAUGCCCAUAUGAAACAGCUGUGGAGUUAGCUGCUCUCUGUCUACAAGCGGAGCUUGGGGAGUGCGAGCUUCCAGAACACACACCAGAGCUUGUGUCUGAGUUUCGGUUCAUUCCAAAUCAGACAGAAGCGAUGGAAUUUGAUAUCUUCCACAGAUGGAAAGAGUGCAGGGGAAAGAGCCCUGCCCAGGCGGAACUCUCCUAUCUGAAUAAAGCGAAGUGGCUGGAAAUGUAUGGGGUAGACAUGCACGUUGUCAGGGGAAGAGACGGCUGUGAAUAUUCUCUUGGACUGACCCCGACAGGCAUAUUAAUCUUUGAAGGAGCUAACAAAAUAGGCUUAUUCUUUUGGCCUAAAAUUACCAAAAUGGAUUUUAAAAAGAGCAAAUUGACACUGGUGGUGGUGGAGGAUGAUGAGCAGGGACGGGAGCAAGAGCACACGUUCGUGUUCCGCUUGGACAGCGCCAGAACCUGUAAGCACCUCUGGAAAUGCGCCGUUGAGCAUCAUGCCUUCUUCCGGCUGCGGACACCAGGAAAUAGCAAGUCGAACAGAUCAGACUUUAUCCGGCUGGGGUCUCGCUUCAGGUUCAGUGGGCGAACGGAAUAUCAAGCUACACACGGCGCCAGGUUACGAAGAACCAGCACCUUCGAGAGGAAGCCCAGUAAACGCUAUCCAUCCCGGAGACAUUCGACGUUCAAAGGUGCAAGCAACCCGGUGAUAGCGGCUCAGCUCUGCUCUAAAACAAAUCCUGAAGUCCAUAAUUACCAGCCUCAGUAUCAUGCUAACAUCCACCCCGGCCAGCCUCGGUGGCACCCUCACUCUCCGAACGUCAGCUACCCGCUCCCUUCCCCAGGGCUCAGCAGCUCAGACCGGCUGCCUUUUGGCAUCGAGGAGAACGGGGGCACGCCAUUCAUUAGCAAAGCUUCAGGAAGGCACCACCACCACCACCACCAGCAUCAGCACCAGCACCACCCAAACUAUGGCCUCGCGCUGACCCUGGAGAACAAGGAGGGGCCUUUGAGAUCCCCAAACUCCAGCAGUAAAUCCCUUACAAAACUGAGUCCAGGAACACCUGCCCUGUUCAGUGAAGCCACUGCCCAUCUAAAGAAGCUGGAACUGGAAACUGUGAAGGCUGCUGGACCCUGGCCUGCUCUGCACAUCAACAUAAAUAAGGCUGAAGAAAAGAAAAUUUCUGAGAAGACUCUUCAGACCCCACUUUUGCCUUCCCCUGUGGCCGAGCACGUGAAGUGUAACAUUUUGAAAGCCCAGCUGGAGAAUGCUUCCCGAGUAAGUGCCCAGGUCGGAAAAGAGGAAUCAACGUUUGUAAAUAUCAAUAAGAAAUCCAGUCUUCAGGACGCGAAUGUAAGAAGUCCUAUUCCUAUACGUGUGGAAACUACCCAACCAGCUGUGGAAAAGCCAGAAAUCAAGCCUCCCCGAGUGAGGAAGUUAACGAGACAAUACAGUUUUAACCGCAGUGAUGAAGACGACCUCCCUCCAGACCUGGCAGAGGCAGUGGGAGCGACCACAACUGCAACCACAAACACCACCACGGCCGCCACCACACAAGUCUCAGCACCUCUGGUGUCCCCCAAGGUCCACAAAAUCAGCUCGCCUCAGAAUUCAGAGGGCAAGGGCCAGCUGUCCCCGGGGGCCAAGAGCCCCUCUAACCGAGGAGGUGCCUUUACCUUGGAGCCGGGCGAUCUCCUGAUGGAUUUCACAGAAGCCACUCCUCUGAUAAAAACAUUCCCGGCUGAUACAGUGACCCCGUUUCCUGAUCCUUUCAUUACAGGGCCACAGUUUACCGCGGACUUUAGAGACAGUAAAUUACAGUGCUGUUCUGGCCAGUCUUCCCCGCUGAUUCCAGCAGCGACCCUGAGGCCUUUGACAGAGACCGUGUCCGCAGUGCAGACCAUCUACACCACUCGGAAGCCUGUUUCUCUGGCAGCCAGUGCAGAGACGCUCCGGCAGGAACUGGAGAGAGAGAAAAUGAUGAAAAGGCUGUUGAUGACCGAACUGUGAAAUUCUCUCCGUGUUGCCUGGAGGAUGGCAUGGUGCCUUCUGUCCGUUCUCUUUCUUUGGGCUUUGUGCUCCAGCACUACAUACAAAUGUGUGCUCUGUUCGCCCAGGUCUCCAUGGUUAGUUGAAGCCAACUUCUGGCUUGACUUUUAUUGAGAAAGUUAUUUUAUGUCUCCUGAGUAUUAGAGUUUUUCUACUACUCAAUGUAGUUGAGACAUGAUUUGGUAAGCCUAAGAGAAGAAAGAUGGGAAAAUGGGGAUUCCUUUUCAGAAGUACCUGUGUGUAUAUAUUAACAACCACAGGGGUUAACAUGCUGUGGAAUCCUUUGCUAUCAAUCUCAACCAUGUGAUUUUGUAUGAUUGAAACUUGCACCAAGCUUUGACUGUUUGUUAAAGAGUCAUUUUUAAUGAGAGAAUAAUUCUUUACUGCUGGUUUUUCAUUUACACUGGUAAAUACACAGAUCUUAUAAAGUCUUUAACAUUCAUUUUUAUUCAGACUUGAGUAGAUGAACUAAAAAAAGAAAGUUGCAAUCACCAGGACUGCUGAAGUUACUUCAGCUUAAUCUGAAAUAUAAUUUAACUUGUGAAUUUGUUGGAUACAAUAUUAUUUGGGAUACAUAGAAUUUAUCAUUGAAUCCAAAGUAGGAAAUUAUAGUUUAAACUGUCUAAAAAUUCUUACAAGAUUAAGAUGAUUCAAUAUCAGGAUUCAUUUGGGUGUUCCAUAAAGGAAAAUUAUUUCUAAAGUUGAUCAAUUCAUGUCCUGUUGAUAGAACCUUGACCAGAAGAAACUUUGCUCUCUUUUUAUAUAGUUUCAAGAAAUGUGUUUUUAAAUUUUUAUUAUGCACUUGAACAACUUUGCAGGAAUAAAGGAACCCCCUAACCACAAACUA